AUGCUGGCCGUGUCGCAUCGCAGCUCCGAAGCAUAUUCUACAUUACACCGCCGUGCCAUGGAAGAGUCGGGCACGAUCAAUCCAGCCGCUCUCAAUUCGCAGGCAACGACAAUCCACCCCGACCUUUUCGCGCAACCCAGCCCACACGCAGGCAAAAAACGUGGCCGGUCCGAGUCUGAUGGUUACGGAGCGUCUGUACAUGACAACGAAGGUGGUACGUACAAUGGACAAUACAAUGAUAGAAACAGACCGAAAAAGAUAAAGGCAAGCGACAGUCCUGCACCUUCCUCAAACAAUAUCAAUAUGUCACUCGCCGCUGCACACCGGCCGGUGCAGACGCCGCAGAUCAAGACCCAAUCUCUACCACAGCCGUCGCCAUCGCAGGCCUCGCCACAACGUUCAACGCCAGGUUCUGCCACCAAGGGCCCGGUGGUCAAAGCGUUACCCACGGUUAGGGACCAUACCACUGACCAACUCGGCCCAGAAGGUGACGAGUACAUCCCACGAGAAAUCGAUCCCGAUGGCGAAAGGAAAGUCUCCAAGGAUGGAUAUCCGCUGGAAGGCCGCAAAUACAAAUGUCGAACCUUUCAGGUACCGAACCGUGGCGAGAAGCUCUUCAUGCUCGCCACCGAAUGCGCUCGCGUGUUAGGCUACCGUGACUCGUAUCUCUUAUUCAACAAGAACAGAUCACUUUACAAGAUUAUUGCCAACCAACAGGAAAAGGACAACCUCAUUCAUCAGGAAAUCCUACCCUAUUCUUACCGUUCGCGACAGAUUGCGAUUGUGACGGCCCGAUCAAUGUUUCGACAAUUCGGCAGCCGUCUGAUAGAGGGUGGACGUCGUGUGCGAGACGACUACUGGGAAGCCAAAGCCAGGAAGCAAGGCUUCACAGAGGAAGAUGCUGCUGGAGAGAAGCGACCUGGUGCUGCAAAGGCUCGUGAGCAGGCAGCUGCUGAGCAAGCCCAUGCCAGUACCCUGACCUCUCUACCCCAAGGCGAGAUCAUCUACAGCAACCAUGGACAUGGUUUUGAUGGUCAGCCGCCCGGUCUGGGUGCUGUAUCGCUGGCACCUCUCCCGAUGAUCCACCUGCCCAGUGAUGAACUGCGCUCGAACACGAUGGGUGCUAACAUAAUACGACCCAGGCAGGAGGUGUCUGGUCCACCUUAUGCUGAUCGGAUUCAGGCCAGCAACCCGACCGAGAUUCUGACCCAAGCCAACCAGGCCACCGACUGGAACAAGCAGCUGGGCGCUACUCGUGCACACCGUGCUAAGUACCUCGAUGACUACUGGAAACGUCCGCAUGAACAGCCGACGACAGAGCCUCAGCCAGGCCAGGGCGAUGCCAACACCGUCGCGCCCCCGAACCUGCAGAGUCCUCAUGCUGUGACUGGCAUGUCUCACCAUCGAGGCCAGGAUUCGAUAUCGCAAGGUGGCUCACAGAUGAUCGGCCAGAACUAUGGAGCCUACCAGAAUCCACAGAAUCCUAUGGCGUCUCCAGUGCAGCCCAUUCACCGACAGCCACCUCCCAGCCAGAUGCACCAAGGUUCGCCUUCUAUGGGAAUGAGUGCAUCGUCGAGUCAUCGUCAGACUCCAUCGUACGGCGGAUAUCCUCAAAAUCAGAUGUGGCCGCCACAGCCUCAGCCGUCGCCUCUGUCGCAGUCGCAUGUUUCUGGGUAUGGCCAGCAACAACACCACUCUCAGAUGCCACCGCCGCAAAUGCCGCAACCCGGCAUGGGCUACCCACAGAUGGGCCAAAUGGGCAACCCGGCCUACGCUGGCAUGAACCGUAGCAUGUACCAGCCAAGUCCCAGCCCGCAACAGUUCAACAUGGGACCGCAAUCAGCUGCAGGACAUCAGCCAGGAAUGCAAGGCUGGUCGACGCCAGGUUCCGGCAGCAUGCCCCAAUACGGAUAUCAAUGA